CAACAGGCAAGUAAUAAACAAAAGUCAAUAGGUCAAUACCAUUAAACAGACAUUUUUUCGUACGGUGCACCAUGAGAACUCACUAUCCAGUAGUGUAUCUGACAGCCAUGCUGAUGUUGUAUGCUGAUCCCAUAGCUUGCCAGACGACAGGCUUAAUCAAUUCCUUCACUGUUAAUGGAGUGCUUGAGGUCAAGGUCCCAGAAGGCAGUGCGAUACUGUUUCAAGCAAGUAGACUGGACAAUGUGCCCAACCCAGAUUGGUCAAUGCGAGCCUUGUCUUCAGGACAAUUUAUUAUCGGUGGUCCUAGAAUUAGAAUUCGUUCAAGAUCAGUCAAUAUCAGUGUAGCAGCAACACCCGCCUUGAAUGGUACUGUAGAAUGUCAGGCCACAGUUGGCGACGUUGUGGAUUUUAAAACUGUUGUUGUCAUUGUUACAAAAUAAAUCUCAACAUCAAGCAACGGAAGAAUGGUACAGCAAGUCAGACAACUCAUGGCUUGACCAUGUUCCUAGCAAAUUUUGUAAUUAGUCAAUUGAAUCAUGUGCUGAACUGAGCAUUUUUUAGGCAAUCAAUGAUCAUGUAGACAUGGAAGUCUUCACAAUGACUUCAAGUAUCAUUGGACGAGUGUAUAUAUAUAUAUAUAUAUAUAUAUAUAUAUAUAUAUAUAUAUAUAUAUAUAUAUAUAUA